AUGAGGGAUCCAGAAGGGUUGCAGUCUGUUCUGACUGCGUCGGGACUCUCUCUGCUCGGCUCUGGCCCUGUUCACCGUUUCGAACCAUCCUCAACCCAACCAUUUUGUGGUGAUGCCGAGGGCUGGGGCCCUGUGAGCUCCCUCCGAUGGGAUCUUACGCCAUGCUUCCUUGAUAUUUGGAUUGUGGGUGUCGCCCUUUGGGGUAUACUCUUUGGUGCUGGGGCGCUGUGGUAUUUGUUCACAAAACGUAUCGCCCAGGAUGUUCCUAAAAAUUGGCAUUUCUAUACCAAACUAACCGUUGUUGUUGCCAUAAUCCUUACGACUGCGCUUCAAGCCUCUCUACAGAUCGAACAAUUACCCGGCAUAUGGUUUCGAGAUAUCCGAUUCUACACCUCGAUCGCCACGAUUAUAUCACUCCUUUUCAUCUUCGCAGUACAAUACCAUGAGCAUUGGCGGUCACGAAACCCGAACGGCGUUGUUUUGUUUUUCUGGGUCUUCUUUAUUCUAUCAUACGCUUUGAAGCUGCGGUCGCUGGUGGCAAGAGAGUCAUACAAGAAUCGCCUCCCCUACUUCAUCUCGUUCAACGUCAGUCUUGGUUUAGCAGUGGUGGAGUUCGUUCUUGAAUACCUGGUUCCAAAGAAGCAAAGCGUUUACGAUGCGCUGGGAGCAGAUGACGAGUGCCCGUAUGAAUAUGCCGACAUCUUCUCGGUCCUCACCUUUGGUUGGAUGACACCUCUGAUGAAGUUUGGAUACAAAAAUUUUCUUACCCAAGAUGAUUUAUGGAAUCUCCGGAAUCGAGACACUACCCGGGUCACGGGAGACAAGUUGCAGAAAGCUUGGGAAAUCGAACUGGAGAAGAAGAAACCAAACCUCUGGAUCGCUCUAGCCAGAGCGUUUGGAGGACCAUAUCUCCGUGGAGCGAUGAUCAAAACGGUCAGCGACUGUUUGGCAUUUGUCCAGCCGCAACUGCUUCGGCUGCUGAUUACCUUUGUUGAUUCCUAUCGACCAGGUCGCGAACGCCAGCCAGCUGUCCGAGGCGUGGCCAUCGGUCUGGCAAUGUUCGCAACUUCAAUCUGCCAGACAGCCGCCCUGCACCAGUACUUCCAGCGCGCUUUCGAGACUGGUAUGCGAAUUAAGUCCUCGUUGACUGCAAUGAUAUAUUCAAAGUCACUGCGGCUGUCAAAUGAGUCGAGAGCAACCAAAUCUACUGGCGAUAUUGUUACAUACAUGAGCGUGGAUCAACAAAGACUCGCUGAUCUCGCUCAAUGGGGCCAACAGCUGUGGUCGGCGCCGUUCCAAAUCACCCUCUGCAUGAUCUCGCUCUACCAAUUAGUGGGAGUUUCGUGCUUAGCGGGGGUUGCAGCCAUGGUCGUCAUGAUCCCUAUCAAUGGUUUUAUUGCGAGAUUCAUGAAGAAGCUGCAACUAUCGCAGAUGAAGUACAAGGACCGCCGGUCCCGGCUAAUGACGGAGAUCCUCAAUAACAUGAAAAGCAUCAAGCUCUACGCCUGGGGUUCUGCAUUCAUGGACAAAUUAAGCCAUGUGCGCAACGAUCUUGAGUUGAACAACUUGCGCAAAAUAGGCGCGGCGCAAUCGUUUGCAACCUUCACCUGGUCCUCGACGCCCUUUUUUGUCUCAUGUUCGACUUUCGCGGUGUUUGUCCUCGUCAAUAACAGACCCUUGACAACGGACUUGGUGUUUCCCGCUCUGACUCUGUUCAAUCUGUUGACCUUCCCCCUCACAGUGCUUCCUAUGGUCAUCACGAGCAUCAUCGAAGCGUCGGUGGCCGUGGGUAGAUUGACUGCAUUCUUUACCACGGACGAGCUUCAGGAUGACGCAGUGAGAUUUAUCGACGAGCCCCCCAAACAAGCGGGCGAGGCGUCUGUCUCUAUCAAGGAUGCAACCUUCACCUGGGAUAAGAAUACAGGCAAGAAUGUUCUCCAGAACAUCAACUUUAAUGCCAACAAGGGAGAAUUGACCUGUAUCGUGGGCCGAGUGGGAGCUGGGAAGUCUUCAUUACUGCAAGCUAUGCUCGGUGAUCUUUACAAAAUCAGCGGCGAGACGGUUGUGCGUGGCCGGAUUGCUUAUGCGGCACAGUCGGCUUGGAUCAUGAAUGCGAGCGUCAAAGAAAACAUUGUUUUUGGACAUCGGUGGGAUCCUCACUUCUAUGAGCAAACGGUCAACGCUUGUGCUCUUGUUGAUGACUUCAGACAACUUCCGGAUGGAGAUCAGACAGAAGUAGGGGAACGUGGCAUAUCCCUGUCCGGAGGCCAAAAAGCUCGACUCUCCUUAGCACGGGCAGUUUAUGCCAGGGCCGACGUCUAUCUUAUGGACGACGUUCUCUCCGCUGUUGACCAACAUGUUGGACGCCAUUUAAUCAAUAAUGUCCUUGGUCCCAAUGGACUCCUCAAUGGUAAAGCGAGAAUUCUGGCCACUAAUGCAAUCACUGUCCUUAAGGAGGCAGAUUAUAUGUACCUCCUCCGGGAUGGCACGAUUCUUGAAAAAGGGACAUACCAGCAACUCAUGGCCAUGCGUGGCGAAGUCGCCACAUUGAUCAAAUCCACUACCGCAGAGGAGGAAUCCGAGGGAGAACGCAGCCCAAGCAUUGAAGGAAUGGAGUCUGAUGACUCGACAACCGUUGUCGGAGCAAACGGCAGCAGCACGCUGGACGAACUUGAUGACGAGGAGGUUGAAGAAUCACAACAAGAAGUCGGGGGACUGGUGCCUAUCCACGCAGGGCCCAGUGGUCCCUCAAAAGCCCGCAAGUCCAGCUUCAAUACUCUCCGUCGCGCCUCCACCACCAGUUUCCACGGACCUAUGGGCCGUCUCACAGACGAAGAACACGGGGGUGCACAACUGAAAAGCAAACAGACCAAAGAAAAUGCCGAACAAGGCAAAGUAAAAUGGUCGGUCUACACGAGCUACGCAAAGGAAAGCAAUCUCGUCGCCGUGGGGAUCUAUGCCCUUGCCCUUCUGGCCGCUCAGACGGCACAGGUCGGAGGAAGCUUCUGGCUGAAGAGGUGGUCGGAGAUCAAUGAGUCGUACGGAUCGAACCCCCAGGUCGGAAAAUACAUUGGCAUUUACUUUGCGUUCGGUAUCGGUGGUGCUGGACUGGUUGUCAUCCAGGCUUCGAGAAAGUUACAUGAUCGCAUGGCAUACGCAAUAUUCCGCUCGCCGAUGAGCUUCUUCGACACCACCCCAGUGGGACGCAUUCUGAACCGUUUCUCAAGUGACAUUUAUCGCGUCGAUGAAGUCAUCGCACGUACGUUCAACAUGCUCUUUGUCAACACCGGUCGCGCACUGUUCACCCUCGGUGUCAUCGCUGCUUCGACGCCGAUCUUCCUAGUCCUGGUGGUACCUCUGGGCUUCGUCUACAUCAUGUACCAGAAAUACUAUCUCCGCACCUCGAGGGAGCUGAAACGACUUGACAGCGUCAGUCGCAGUCCGAUCUAUGCACACUUUCAGGAGUCGCUGGGUGGUGUCUCCACCAUUCGUGCAUAUCGACAGCAGAGGCGAUUCACCCUGGAGAACGAGUGGCGCAUGGACGCCAACUUGCGUGCAUACUUUCCCUCGGUUAGCGCCAAUCGCUGGCUGGCCGUCCGCCUGGAAUUCAUUGGGUCUGUCAUUAUCCUUUCGGCUGCGGUCUUUGCCAUCAUAUCGGUGACCACUGGAAGUGGCCUGUCCGCCGGCAUGGUGGGCCUCGCGAUGUCAUAUGCCUUGCAGAUCACACAGUCCCUGAACUGGAUCGUCCGUCAGACGGUCGAGGUGGAGACCAAUAUCGUGUCGGUAGAACGGGUUUUGGAGUAUGCAAACUUGCCCAGUGAAGCUCCUGAUGUCAUUUUCAAGAGCAGACCGAGCAUUGGAUGGCCCGCACACGGGCAGAUCACCUUCAAAAAUUAUUCCACACGGUAUCGCGAAGGUCUGGAUCCCGUCUUGAAGGACAUCAACCUAAACAUCAAGGCUCAUGAAAAGAUUGGGGUGGUUGGGCGCACGGGAGCAGGCAAGAGCUCGUUGACGCUGGCGCUCUUCCGAAUCAUCGAGCCAAUAUCUGGCUCUAUCAGCAUCGACGGGCUGAAUACUUCGUCGAUUGGUCUGCUAGAUCUGCGGCGGCGGCUGGCUAUCAUUCCUCAAGAUGCCGCUCUAUUCGAAGGCACGGUUCGUGACAAUUUGGACCCGCGCCAUGUCCAUGAUGACACUGAACUGUGGAGUGUGCUUGAACACGCUCGUCUAAAGGAGCAUGUCUCGAGCAUGCCGGGCCAAUUGAAUGCGGCCAUUCAUGAAGCUGGUUCCAAUCUGAGCCAAGGCCAACGCCAAUUGGUGUCUCUGGCGCGUGCGCUGCUCACACCCAGCAAUAUCUUGGUCCUGGAUGAGGCUACCGCAGCGGUAGAUGUGGAGACCGACAGGAUGCUCCAGACCACGCUUCGAAGCAGUAUCUUCCAGAAUCGCACGAUCAUCACCAUUGCGCAUCGCAUCAAUACCAUCCUGGACUCGGAUCGUAUUGUGGUGCUGCAACAAGGGCGGGUAGCGGAGUUUGACACCCCAGAAGAGUUGAUCAAAAAGCGGGGCUUGUUUUAUGAGCUUGUGCGUGAAGCCGGAUUGCUCGAUGGGUUCGGCAAUGGUACAGCGAGUGCCAUCCAACAUUAG